AUGUUGCAUUUCGUUAGUAACACCGGCAGGCCGUAUGCACAAAACGGCCGCGACCGGUCGCCCGCCGCACCCGCCGCCGCGCCACUCGCGCCGCUCGCCCCUGCCGCGCCGCCCGCGCCGCCCGCGCCUCUCUCGCCGUACGCGCCGCCGCGUCUCACUGAUGCACCGCGCGCAUCACAUUAUAACUCACAGAUAGCGAAUACUAGUAACGCGACGGCCGCGGACAUUGCGUUAUGCAGUACACAACUAGUUAACAAAACCACUCACAAUACUAUUUUGUUGGCGACCGCACGAGUUAUUGUUUACGAUGUUUAUGGUAGGGAAUGUUUGGUUCGCUGUUUAUUAGAUAACGCUUCGCAAAGUAAUUUUAUUACUAAUAGUACAUGUGAAAAAUUGGGUUUAUGUAACCGACGCAAGACAAAUUUAUUAGUAAAAGGUAUCGGCGGUACGAAUAAGGCUGUCGACACAUUAGUAAAUAUUAAAAUACACUCCCGAUUUAAUUGGAAUAUUUCGUACGAGUUAGAUGCAUUGGUAGUGGAUAGGAUUACGGAACGUUUGCCUAAUAUGACUGUAGAUAGGUGCAAGUUGUCUGAUUUUGACGUGUUACCAUUGGCUGAUGACACGUAUAGCUGUCCAGGUGACAUCGACAUGUUAUUGGGCGCAUCAUUGUUUCAUCAUUUAUUGCUUACAAAUAAAAUUGAAGGUCAGUUAGGUUCUCCCUAUGCUUGGGAAACCACGUUGGGAUAUAUUGUUGUAGGACCCGCGCCUGCUACUUUUUGUAACAACACUGUAACGACGUGUUGUGCUAUAGUAUCGAAUUCUCUGGACAAUUUAAUUAAAAGAUUUUGGGAUUUAGAGGAGAUAUACGUACCUCCUAUUAAAAGUCCAGAAGAUAACGCGUGCGAAAAAUAUUAUAGUAGUACUACAAAACGCGACCCGAUCAGUGGUAGGUAUAUUGUGGCUUUACCAUUUUGUAAGGAUCCGUCCACACUGGGCGAUUCUUAUCAGUUGGCUAAAAAACGAUUUUUAUGUUUGGAACGAAAAUUAAUUGCUUCACCCGCAUUUAAAUUAGCUUAUGACGAUGUCAUUCUCGAUUAUAUAGAUAAGGGUAAUCUUUUUGAUAUAAUAAUUAAUUUUCGGUUAUUCGCGGUCGCACUGUCCGCAGACGUGCGACAAAUGUUUUUGUGCAUAGAGGUUCGUGAAGAGGACCGUAAAUUUCAACGACUAUUGUAUCGUUUUUCACCCACCGAUCCCAUUGUUACCUAUCAAUUUAAUCGUGUUUGCUUUGGUGUUAAAUCUAGUCCGUUUCACGCAUUGCGUACAAUUAAACAGCUCGCUGAGGAUGUUGGAGACUCCUUCCCGCAUGCUAGGGAUGUUUUAGAAUUAGGGUUAUACAUGGACGACGUAGUCCAUUCAGUCGACUCAGAGGAAGAAGGGGUAAAAUUGUCCACUGAGAUGAUCGCAUUUUUUAAAACAGCUGGUUUCGAUUUAGUUAAGUGGACAAGUAAUUCGCAAAUAGUUCUUAACUCAAUUCCUAUUUCUCAUAGACUCGCGGCGCUUAAGGAGUUUGAUGAAACUGACACCCAUAAAGUUUUAGGUUUAUCUUGGUCGCCCCGCACAGAUUUAUUUCGCAUUCAAAUAAACCCGCCUAAUGAGCAGUGCACUAAGCGCGCUAUAUUGUCAUGCGUAGCUAGGUUAUGGGAUCUAAUGGGUUUUUUGGGACCUGUGGUUUUAUACGCAAAGUUACUUGUGAAACAAUUAUGGUUAUUGAAGUGUGAUUGGGAUGACGCGCCGCCUGCAUCGAUAGUAAAACUAUGGAGCCAGUACCGUAGUGAAUUGCAUUUAUUAAAUAAAAUUAGUUUUCCGCGUCAUGUUGAUAUAACGAGAGAUAGCGUCGUUACUGUAGUAGGUUUUGCUGAUGCCAGCGAAAAGGCAUACGGAGCAGUAGUUUAUUUGCAUGUUAGUAAUAAUGGAAUUAAUAGCGUUCACUUGAUGUGUUCAAAAUCUAGGGUUUCGCCUACCAAAACGGUAUCUUUGGCACGGCUAGAGCUGUGCGCCGCAUUAGUACUCGCAAAACUCAUUAGAAUUGUGUGUGACACUUGUAGUAAGCGUCUCACUAUUAGCAAUGUUAUCGCAUUUUCUGACUCAACUGUGACACUUUGUUGGAUUUAUUCGUCGCCCCAUAGAUGGGAUACUUUUGUUGGCAAUCGCGUAUCUCAGUUGCAGUCUUAUUUAGCACCAGAUAGUUUCCGUCAUGUUUCGGGUAUAGACAAUCCUGCUGACUGUCUAUCGCGCGGAUUGACACCCGCACAAAUUAUCGAUCAUCCGUUGUGGUUCCAUGGUCCACCCUGGUUAUCGUCGAGCCCUAGCGAGUGGAAGAUAGCGGAGUUCAAUCCCACUAGUAUAUCGAAUCCUCCCGAGGAAAAAACGCAAGCAUUAUUAGUUUCUGAAAUCGAACCUAGUUUAAUUUUGUUAAAAUUAGCAGAUCAGUUCUCGUCGUGGUGUAAAUUGUUAAGAUGUAUUGUUUAUAUUUGUCGUUUUGUUAGACUGCUCCCGCAUCGCAAAUACAUUACCGCAUUUGAUUUACGCUUCGCGGAGUAUAAAUUAAUUAGGCAAUUGCAGAAGUUUCACUUUUCGCAUGAAAUUAAAGCUAUGCAAUCUGGUAAACAUUGUAGUAUCGCAUUUCGUAGACUGAAACCAUUUUUAGAAAAUGGUAUUGUACUUGUUGGUGGACGUCUUCAGAACUCUGAUUUGAGUUAUCAAAAACAACACCCUAUAGUACUACCGCGUAACGGUCAUUGUGCUGGUGCAGCAUCGUACAAGAACGAAAGGACGGCCGGCCUCCGGGAAGACAUCGAGUAA